CUGUACAGUCAGGCUAUCAAUACACUUAUCUACGACAUCUGGGUUGUUCACCUGAGCUAUCGACCAGACCUCCAACUCCCAAAUACCAAUUACUCCUGUCCCGUGGUGGGUGGUGGCUUCAACGAAGCUAG